AUGGCUGAUUAUAAUCAAAACGAUGGUAGUCGUCUUGAAGAAACCGCACAUCGUCUUGGGAAAGAACCAAUGGGUUCUCAAAGGCCACCCACUUCUGGAACAACACGUUCAAGAAGGAACCAUGGUGGUAAUAAUCAAAAUCCAGAAAGAAGGAAUGAAGAAACCAAUACUACUACUAGAUAUGUACCCAGGAGUGAGGAUGCUUAUGAUCCCACUAGAGUAAGAAGGUCACGAGGUAGACCUCAGGGUUCAAGAACCAGGAGGCAGGAAGCAAAUAAAGGAAAUCCCCAAAACACCCAGGAGGAGCAACUUCAGAGAACUAGGGAUGUUCCAAUAGAUGAACAACAUAAUAACCAAGAAAAUCGUCGAGGAGUACCUCAAAAACCCCAAGGAUUUACGAAUCAAAGGGAUGAACAUAAUGAUGUGCUAGAGGCUUCUCACAGAAAUGACAAUAUAAGGCAACCCCGGACUAGGGUCCAAGAAAUCCCUCGUAAUAACGAGAGAAAUUAUGGGACUCAACCUAGAAUAAGUGGGUUACCACCAAGACACCCUCAGCAUCCUUCUCAAUCUGAGAGGGAGGAGGCAUACACAUACCUAAAUGAAGGGCGUGUAUCAAACCUUUUUCGAAGGAGAAGGCAAUACAAGACGACGCAAGUUCUAGCUCAAGACAUUCAAGGUCCCAAGGGCAAAGUCGAUUAG